UACAUUUCAAACAAGCCUCGAAGCGGCGCUUUGAGCUCCAGUGUGUCGAAACUACAGUAUCGAGCGGCCCAUCACUAGUAAACUUCGGUUCAGUUGGUGGGGUCGCUCAAUAGUUAGUGAGGUGCCGGAGAGACUAGUCCCCGCAGGAAAAAAAGAGAGAAACUGUGGUUUACUGUAACAUCUGGAUGGAUGUGAACAUGCAAGCGUCCGAGUCUGACACAACUAUCAUAGAGAAAAGGAUCAUAAAUGUUAAGGAGGAGGACUGUGAAUGGGAGUCUGUUCAUUGUAAACAGGAGAGUCUGGGCAUUAAGAAUGAGGAGUGUGAACUGGGAUCAGUGGGAAUUAAAGAAGAGGCUGAAGAGAAGUCUGUCAACAUUAAGACUCGAAACAAUAAAAGUGUGGAGAGUGUCAAGGAAGAAGAACUUCAUUAUGGGUGUCAAGAUGGAUUGAUGACUGCGUUAGUCUCUUCUCAAAGCAGAAACUGUUCAUCUGUCAACGUGAAGUCUGAAUCCUUACAGUCUGAAGGGAAUUGAGGAAAAUACAUCUGUUAGAACUCGAGAACAUCAGGCACCACCUACAAAUCAGCCUGAUACACGAGAUCAACCUCGCUGCUGUUCUGAAUGUGGACAAUUAUUUUGUCUUGUGCACUUUCAUCAGAGCAUCAAAAUAAAUCUCACAGGAAUGAAGCCAUAUUGCUGUUUGGAAUGUGGCAAACAAUUCCUUGACAAUUCCCAUCUUCAGAGCCACGAAAGAAUUCACACUGGAGAAAAGCCAUAUUGCUGUAAUGAAUGUGGGAAACAGUUUAGUCAGAAAAUUAGUCUUCAGAAGCACAAAAAAAUUCACACUGGAGCGAAGCAAUACUCCUGUUUGGAAUGUGGGAAACAGUUUCGUGACAAUUUCCAACUUCAGCGCCAUAAAAGAAUUCACACUGGAGAGAAGCCAUAUUGUUGUAAUGACUGUGGCAAACAGUUUCGUGACAAUUCCCAACUUCAGCGCCAUAAAAGAAUUCACACUGGAGAGAAGCCAUAUUACUGUAAUGAAUGUGGGAAACCGUUUCGUGACAUUUCCCAACUGCAGAGCCAUAAAAGAAUUCACACUGGAGAGAAGCCAUACUGCUGUAAUGAAUGUAGCAAACAGUUUCGUAAGAAUUCCCAACUUCAGAGCCAUAAAAGAAUUCACACUGGAGAAAAGCCAUAUUGCUGUAGUGAAUGUGGCAAAGAGUUUCAUCAGAAAACUAGUCUUCAGCGCCACAAAAAGAAUUCGCGCUGGAGACAAGCCAUAUUGUUGUAA